CACUUGAUUUCAAACUGUAUUGGGAAUAACAGAUCACUUUGGAUCACUUGAUUUCAGACUGUAUUGGGAGUAACAGAUCACUGGAGAGCAUUCCACUGCAGGCUGCUUUAUAGUGGGAAUAGCAGACCACACUGAUCAUGUCUUUACUAGAAGAUGUCCUGCAGCUCCUGAGAUGUGUCUUGGACUAUUUCGGAGUGCCCCAGGAUAUGUUGGUUCCAGUCUGGGAGAGCACUUUGUGUGGACAGUAUCGCAGCAUUGUUCGCAUGAUCGGAACCAAUCUCCCUCUGACGCCUUAUCCCCGGCUCCACUUCCAGAUUCCUUUGCAGACAAUCAGAAGACAUGGACACACUGACGUCUCGGUGGAUGCCCCGGCUAUUCCAUCACUGGCGGAUGUGUUAUGGCUGGACGAAGAUGAAGGAGAGAGGUGCACAAGGUUCAGGAAUUUUGUCCAACUGAGGAAGAUUGGAAGGCCGCAGGGGUUUGACGCUUCAGCAGCAGUUCCUUUACAGCCUGUACUUUCAGCCCAGAGUGUCCAGAAACAACCAUCAGCAUCGAUACUGAGCUCUGAACCAGAAGCGCUCAAGAAAAUCCACGCGUUAGAGACCGAGUUACUGAAGCUCCAAGCUCAGAUCGCCCUGAUCGUCACCACUCCACCAGCUGACAGUUCUCAUCCGAGCGUUCCCACCACACCAUGUUCCUCUCAUUUGCCUGCACCCGUCUUUACCUCCACUCCACUGGUCGCGCCGCCUCCCCCUCCUCCUCCUCCUCCACCACCUCCUCCAGCUCUGGCUGGCUCAGCGCAGGUCUCAGUGAGCAACAUGAUCAGACAGAGACAGACAGCCAGGAAGGACAGAGACACGGUGAAUAAGGGAACAGCGGAUGCAACUGACACCUCGGUGGCUUCGGUUCCCUCUAUGCUGGACGUCCUGAAAGACCUAAACCAGGUUAAACUCCGUUCUGUCGAGAGGUCCCCUGGAGGAACCCCCGUGAAGAAACGAAGGAGUAAAGGUACGGCGUGCGCGUUUGACCCCGCCGCUCUCAUUGCCGCAGCAUUAAAGAGGAAGUUCAUGCACAAACUGCGGGAUGACUCAUACAAUAAGGAGAACCGCUCGGCGGAGACGUCGCCAUUCAGCAGUCCAGACACGCCCAGAAUUCCCCAGCUGACGAGGCGCAGUCAGGGACGAAACCACCUGUGAUCCCGAACCCUCGGGUCAGACAGGAAGCGGUGUGCAGGAGUGUCGUCUGCUGAAAGCUGUGUGAAGAUGAUCUCGCUCUCGCUUUCUGUCAGCCCCCUCAGUUCUCUGGUACUUUACGUUAGGGGAAGAAAAAGCUGAUUUCUUCUUUACAGAACAAGAAAAUGAAUCGAUGAAGUGCAUGUGAAGUAAAAAUGGUGUUGAUUUAAAAAAUGCAUGUAAGUUAAAAGCAGUGCAGGUAUUAUAAAGCCACAUCAGGCAUUUAUCACCAUGCUUUGUUGCACCUAGUGUAGCUAUUAUAAUUUAUUACAAUAUAAUAAAAUGUUGUUUUCAGCUGCUCCUGUAUUUAGGGGUCGCAACAAUCAAUUUGGUCCAGACUUGGCAGCAGCAGCAAGAGAGUUAAUAUUAAUAAAUAAAAUAAAGAAAAGAAUACAUUUAUCUAGUUAUAAGUUAGCAGCUCGGUUGAAGAGAUUUCAGGACAGUUUAUCAGAAUUCACUAGCUUAUUGCAAUGCUCAUCCAAUGAUGUGUCAGAAUGCAGCUGACCUGCAAACAAAACAAAGAAAUUCUUCGACAUGGCAUAUAAUUUUUGGCAUGAAUGUUUUGAUAAACCUGUGCAAAAUGCAGCUGUUUUGCUGGUAACAUGUUGUGCUUUUGUACUACUACAGAUUCCUUUUUGUAACUUACAGGAGCAUUCUGUUAAUAGCUCUCCCUCCUAAAACUGCUGCUUUAAUGCUGCAUUGCCAAAACGUGUGCCUUACCAAAACUCCGGCAUGUUACAUACAUUCUGAGGAUGGUAGAAUUCUAGCUGUUUCAACCAAGUCACCUAAUUAAAAACAUUAUUCUUUCCUCGUGAACAUGCAUUUAAAUCGACAGAUUUUUUUUUUCUUCGCAUGCACAAUUUUGUUACUCACCCGUCUGCUCUAUUCUGCAGCCCUGCACUGGUAUUUAUUUACUGUGAAUGUAUGUCAGAUGAACUGGAGGUAACUAUGAACAAUUCUGAAUUCAGGAUGGACCCUGUACCUCCUGACAGACUUUUCUUAUGCAACGCUUUUGUUUAAUGUUUUCUGUUAUUUUUAGUUUUGUAUGAAUGUGUUUGUACCGCUCAGGCUUCCUACUGCUCUCGCUAUGAGUCAAGAAAGCAAUAACCGAAACGUUUCAUGUAAAAUACUGUUCACUGUAGUUCAUGUAACUGUUUCAUGUCUAAGUUCAGUCUUUCUUUCUUUCUUUCUUUCUUUCUUUCUUUCUUUCUUUCUUUCUUUCUUUCUUUCUUUCUUUCUUUCUUUCUUUCUUUCAAUUUUCAUUAAACAUGUGCAGUCGCG